AUGAAUCGCGUUAUGAUACAGGAAAUCGCGAGAUCGCUUGAUCUGCUGGAGCCGGCUGAGGGAGAGUCUCGAAAAAUUGGCAUGUACUCCUGGCUAAGGGAUGCUAUUACGACUGCUACUACGAGGGCAGUUUACGGGCCGAUGAACCCGUAUGAUGAUAAGGCUGUCGCCGAUGCUUUCUGGGAAUUCGAGAGCGGUCUAAUGUCGAUUUUGAUUGGCUUUCUUCCCUCAAUCACGGCUAGGAAGCCUGUUUCUGCGAGGACCAAGGUUGCUGAAGCCUUCGAGGAGUACUACAAAGCUGGUGGAGUGCAAAAAGCAUCGGCACUUGCUCAGAUGCGAUACCAGGCAGAGAUUGACAACAAUGUUCCGCUGGAAGACAUCGCUCGAUACGAGGUCGGAGGCUCAAUCGCCAUCUUGGUUAAUACUGCGCCGUCAGCUUUCUGGACUCUCUUCCUGCUUCACUCUCACCCGGGCCUCCUCGAAGAAAUCCGCGGCGAGGUCGAUGCUUGUACUGUAACAACCACAGAGGGCGGCUCUACCAUCAAGACCAUCGACAUCACCACCCUCAAGCAAGCUUGUCCUUUGUUGCUAUCGUCCUACCAGGAAGUUCUUCGUUAUUCUUCGAUGGGCACAUCCGUGCGCGAGGUGAUGGAAGACACCUACCUCGAUCAGUGGUUGCUGAAGAAGGGUGCCAUGUUGCAGAUGCCCAGCCGCAUCAUCCACCAGGAUUCUAGCCUCUGGGGUACCGACGUCACCGACUUCAACCCUCGCAGAUUCCUCCCCGAAGAGAAACAAAAUCGCCCGCGCGAUGUCUGCUUCCGCGCUUUCGGUGGCGGCAAAACUCUCUGCCCUGGCCGCCAUUUCGCCACCAAUGAGACCCUUGCUGUCGUCGCCGUCUUCGUUGCCAGGUUGGACAUGAAGCCUGUGGAGGGUGGUUGGAAAUCUCCUACUACUGCCAACACCAACGUUGCUGCAGUCAUUAUGGAGCCGGAUGAUGACAUCCAGGUUGAGAUCAAGAAUCGAAGGGGUUUCGAGGGGGUCAAAUGGGCUAUUAAACUUGACAAAUCUGAGAAGAUUUUUGCCAUGGUGACAGAAGAUGGCGUAGAAAUGGAUGAGCAAUGA